AUGCCGGCCGAACGCUUCCAGGGAGAGGAUGAAAUCCAGUUGACACCCUGGAGGGAUUUUCCCAUCGAAGACUCGGACCCGUUUGCCCCCGCGGAUGAAGAGAAGUGGGAUUUCGUCCUGGUGAGUGACAUCCACGAAGUGGGCAGCAAGAAGGAGAUCAAGAGGAAGAAGUUCCUGGACGAGCUGAGCAAGAAGGGGUUCACCAUCAAGAAAAUUGAGGACAAGAAGCUGUUUUACGGAGUCCGUGCCCCAAAACAGAUCUUUCAGAAGUACCAGUGGCUCCUGAGGAACCCCGACAGAAGGCUGCAAAACCCCGAUGCCUAUCACGACAUACCAGUGACCACCAGGAUACGGAUCGUGAACUUCAUCCUGCAGAACACAGCGACUCCCGACCUCGAGAAGCUGCGUGACCUGAUGAAGGAGAAGGUCUUUGAGGCAACAUUUCCCCUGCACGAGAAAGAAGAGGUGAGGGAAUUCCUAAAGGAGAAAUGGGCUCGCUGGAGAGAUAUAUUUCGCCAACAGCCGAUUGAGAAGAUCAGGUGCUAUUUCGGUGAGAAGGUGGCCCUGUACUUUGCCUGGCUGGGCUGGUACACCUACCUGCUGGGCUUCGCUGCAGUGGUUGGACUGGUGGUCUUCGUGGCUGGGAUUACUGGUUUCAAUUCCAGCCAGGUGAGCAAAGAGAUCUGUGAAGCCAACACCACCAUCAUGUGCCCGCUCUGCGACCAGCAGUGCCCGUUCUGGCUGCUCUCCGACACCUGCACCUACGCCAAGGUCACUCACAUGAUCGACAACGAGGGGACGGUCUUGUUUGCCAUGUUCAUGGCCAUCUGGGCCACUGUGUUCCUGGAGCUGUGGAAGAGGCAGAGAGCCACCGUGGUCACCGACUGGGACCUGUACAGGUGGGAUGAGGAAGAGGAGGAGCUAGCCAUGGAGCUGAUCAAUAAUUUGCAGCACGAACCCCAGAAGUACCAGCACUCCUACUUCCGCAGCACCAUCGUACUCCUCUUGGUUCUGCUGAUGAUUGCCGUGCUGAUUGGCAUCACCCACGCGCUUGUCAUCUCCCGGGUGAUAGCAACAGCUUACUUCACCCAGAGCAACUUCAAGUUCCUUCGUGAGAAGGCCAACACGAUGGCGGUGAUGGCGGGGGCCGUGUUGCACUACUUGACCAUUGUCAUCAUGACCAAGGUCAACAGGCGUGUGGCCCUCUAUCUCUGUCACCUGGAGAAACCACGGACCUUCUCCCAGCAUGAGAACCACUUCACCAUGAAGAUCUUCACUUUUCAGUUCUUCACAAACUUCUCUUCACUCAUCUACAUCGCCUUCUUCCUGGGACGGAUCAACGGCCACCCAGGGAACUACGUGCGCAUCGCUGGCAAGUGGAGGCUGGAGGAGUGCCACCCCAGCGGCUGCAUCACCGACCUCUUCAUCCAGAUGGCCAUCAUCAUGAUGCUCAAGCAGACCAUCAGCAACGUGAUGGAGUAUCUCGUCCCCUGGAUAGCCUACAAGCUACGCAAGAAGCAGCAGCAGCGCCCCAAGAAGAGAAGCAUGGUGUUAGGAGAGGACGAGGAGGCCGAGGACCCCUGCAAAAGGCAGUGGCUGAGCAACUAUCGACUCAACGAGGUCAACAUCUUCAGCUUGUUUGACGAGUUCUUGGAGAUGGUGAUCCAGUACAGCUUCACCACCAUUUUCGUCGCCGCUUUUCCCCUUGCCCCGCUGCUGGCGUUCUGCAACAACCUCAUUGAGAUCCGCAUGGAUGCCAUCAAGAUGAUGCGGCUGUACCGGCGCAUGGUGCCCAGGAAGGCCAACGACAUCGGUGAGACGGGGCCCAAGGAGCACCCUCCUUCCAGCACCGCUGCCCGUGCAACCGGUGCCGGCGUUCAGCCCCCUCCCCACUGUGAAGCCCCUGAGCAUCCCUUUGCCAGGGACUGGUACCGGGAUUACAGGAACGCCGACGACUACAGCCACACGGUCCAGUUCUGGCACAUCUUCGCGGCCCGGCUGGCCUUCCUCAUCCUCUUCGAGCACGUGGCCCUGUGCGUCAAACUGAUCGCAGCCUGGUACGUCCCCGACGUCCCCCAGUCGGUCAAGAACCAGUUUCUGGACAGAAAACACAGCAACCUGCGUAAAGAGCUGAGCGACCCGCGCACUGACUCGGGGCAGAGGCAGCUUCAGGAGCAAAGGCUUUGCUCGUCACUGCCCAGGAAGGGUAACGUGCCCUCAGACGCGUCGCGCUGCUCAGCGAACAGCAACAGCUGCCUCCCUGUGUCGGAGGCGAACUGCGGGGAUACACUGACCGAAACGUGGGAGCUGCAGGGGUGCCACGGCGUGAGCACGCCGUCAGAGACUGGCAGCUAG